UGUACGGCUGAGCCUCAGCCAAAAUGGCGGCGCUCAGUGGCGGUCGCCAUGUUGGUUGACGGCAGUGCCGUACAGAAACCCCUUCCCCAAGGAAGAGGGGCAGCUGAGGUGACCUGGCUCCGCCAUCUUGUUGUACGGCUGGCCUCGGCCCCUGUGCUGGGAGGGGUGGGAGGAGGCUGGGGAACGGGCCCGGCAGGGCGGGCGGAGAUGGUGAUCUGCUGCGCCGCCGUGAACUGCUCGAACCGGCAGGGGAAGGCGCACAGAGGCACCGUCUCCUUCCACAGGUUCCCUCUAAAGGACUCAAAACGUCUGAUUCAGUGGUUAAAAGCUGUUCAGAGAGACAACUGGACUCCUACCAAGUAUUCAUUUCUCUGCAGUGAGCAUUUCACCAAAGAUAGUUUUUCUAAACGACUAGAGGACCAGCAUCGGUUACUUAAGCCCACUGCUGUCCCUACCAUCUUCCAGCUUGCAGAGAAAAAAGGGGACAACCUGGAUUAUGUCAGAAAUAGAAGAAAAAUAGCGAGCCAGGUAUCACUGCAGGAUGGAGACCAAUCAAGGGAAGGAGGCUGUGAGGUAGUUCAGAGAACCUCAUCUUCUGAUCAGGACUUUAUGGUAAUGCAAGGGACUGAAGAGAUGGAGGAGGUGACUUUGCAAGCUGAAAUUGGGUCAGUUGCUGAGAAUGAAGAGAGUAUCUACAGCCAGCUGGAAGGCCCUCGGAGAAGGACGUUAGGGGAUAAUUUAAUUGCAAACCCAGGUCCUCAGAAAAAGCUUGAGAGAUCUUCUGUAGAGGAUUGUCCUAAAGCCACUCGAACAGGGAGUUGGAUGGCAGACAGAAGUGGCAUAUCAGUUGAUGACUUCACACCUCCUGCAUCUGGUGCUUGCAAGUUCAUUGGCUCCCUCCACUCUUACAGCUUUUCCUCUAAGCAUACCAGAGAGAGGCCAUCCUUCCCAAAAGAGCAACUAGAAAGGAAAAGGCCAAAGAGAGAUGUGGAACCAAGCUGCAGUAGCAAUAUCAUGGGACAUGAUAAGACUUUAGCAGAAGGCUCCCCUACUUCAUCACUAACUGCAACCCCUCAGAAACCUUCCCAGAGUUUGUCAGCAUCCCCAGCAGACCUAACCCCUCAGCCUGCCACUGAAGCUGUGGUUGGGCAGAAGGGUGACACAGAUGCCAAUCCCAUGUCAAUCAAUGAGGUCAUCAUGUCAGCCUCAGGAGCUUGCAAACUCAUCGACUCACUCCACUCAUACUGUUUCUCCUCCAGGCAAAGCAAAAGUCAGGUGUGCUGUUUGCGUGAACAGGUAGAAAAGAAGAAUGGAGAGUUGAAACUUUUAAGGCAGAGGAUCAGUCGCUCUGAUAGUCAAGUCAGGAAGCUGAAAGAGAAGCUAGAUGAACUGAAGAGGAUCAGUUUCCCUUUCUUGAGCAGUCUGCUAUCACAGGACUGUGAGACGCCCCAGCUGAAUCCUGUAAUGGAACCCCUCUCCUGGAUGCUGGGCACCUGGCUCUCAGAUCCCCCGGGAGAUGGCUCCUUCCCUACAAUGAAACCCUUUCAGUACCUAGAAGAAGUGCACAUCUCUCAUGUGGGGCAGCCCAUGCUGAACUUCUCGUUCAAUGCCUUCCAUCCAGACACCAGGAAGCCAAUGCACCGAGAAUGUGGAUUCAUCCGCCUCAAACCUGACACUAAUAAGGUGGCCUUCAUCAGUGCCCAGAACACAGGUCUUGUGGAGGUGGAAGAAGGGGAGGUGAAUGGACAGGAGUUGUCUAUAGCUUCUCACUCCAUAGCUAGGAUCUCCUUUGCCAAGAAACCUCAUGUGGAGCAAGCUCCUGCUGUCCCCAAGACUUUGUUUCUAUUCAUCCCUGGGAUUGUGUUCACUGUGGCCAGCAGAUGGAAUCAAGCAACAUAAACAGCUCUUUUGGAUGAUGUGCAGCAAAUCUGCAUUGAAAUAAUUUGAAGGGCUAAACUGCUGAGUGUGUGGAGAUCUGUUCUUACAGCAGUGGCCAUUCAGGGAGCUGCUGUGGAUUUAAAAAUCAUGCAAACAGUUAUAUCGUCAUUCUCCUACAUGGCCUCACAGCUGGAACAGACACUCAUUAAGAAUGUUGUUUUGAAACAAGCACUGAGGCUGAGGUUUUUAAAUAAUGGGCCUGCUUUUCUAUUUUCUCUUCUGGAGAGCUAAGAGCAGAUUGAUAAUGUGUGCUAAACCCAGGACACAGGAAUGAACACCAUGAACUCUUUGCCAAUCUCUCCUCCAUUCUGGAAGCUGUUAAAACCUGGGUUCAGGCAUCCACUUGUACAGAUCAUAAGUUUCCCAGUUCAACAAGGCAGCCGUACAUUCCGUCUCUUGAAUUUCAUGUGCAAUUUAAACAGGCUUGCAGCCUGCCCAAGUGGAGGGACAGGGAAGUUGUUGCUUGUAGACCUUGUGCCUCCAGAUGGAUGGCAUGCUUUUCACAGCUGCCACUGGGCUGAAACCCCUGCUGGUCUACAGGCAUAACAGCAGAGGCUCAACAGGCUAAAGCCCAGUUUUACCAUAUAGUGUAACCAAAGCCUUAUUUUGGCAUAGCUUGGUGACUAGGAGAGAGCAUUUGUGGUUUUGAAGGCCACCUUGAAAAUUUUAUCCAGUAGAGGCCAUCCUCCUGAGCCUCUAGAUGGUCUUGCACUGGGUUACUGAUAGUCUCAUUCAGCAUGGAUGUUAGCAUGUCUGUACUGAGGAGUCUGCAGAAAUAGUACCAGCACCUUUCCUCUCCCAAUACAGCCUGCAUGGCACCAGGCAUAGAACUUUACUAACAAAUUUGCCAUCACACCCAUUAAUGUGUGUAAUGCAAAGACCUGUCAUUUGGCUACUCCUCAAAGCCUUAUCAGUAAAACCACUCCAUCACCCUAAAGAAUGUAAUAGGGAAUAUAAUUGGGAAUAUAAUAUCAAAAUAACAUAGGAAGCUCUACUAGUUUCUUUUUUUUUUCUUUCAUUUUUUCCCCUAAAUUAAAAAUGCUUAAAUCUAAGCAAAGAUGCUGGGAGAUUUUUUCUGGGCUUCUCAGCAAUAUACUGUAGUUUCCAGACUGAGCUUCAUGAAUUAAAUCUAGUUUGUUGCAAACUUAUUGCUUGUUAUAUAUAAUAUGACUUUGGCUUUGCUUCAAGUGAAUUUCUCACUCUUAAGAAGAGAUAAACUGCUAUGUUAAAUGUGAUAACAGUUGUAAUGGUUCUGCUUGUAUAUCUGCUCUCCCUCUCCAGUUAGGCCAUUAAAACCAGGGGUGCAGACAUGCAGAUAAUCUUUUCCUGGCUUUGAAUAAUCUUAUCAUUAGCCACAAUCCUCUGUUUCACUGCAUGCAUUGAUAAUGUGAAUCCUAACUGGAAAGAGCAUUUCUUGCAAAGGCUAUGAUGACAGCAACUUUUCAGUGGGCAGGAGAUACUUUGAAAUCACAAAAAACUUUUUACACAUAGAAGGUCUCUUGUUGUUUAUUUCUUUUUGAAUGACAGUUGUGUUUGCUCUUUUUCUGCCCUCCAUAAAUGCAUGUAGUCAGCCCUGCUUAAGGGCAAAUGUGCUUUGUACUUGCUUUAUUCCGUGUACAAUGUUCUUGGGAGUGGGGCCUUAAUGUUCAGUAACAGCUGACAUUUUGGAAGGGGCUGCCUUCUCUGAGGAGAGAAAACUACUUGUGGCUUACUCAUAUGUCUCUAGUGGCUAUAUUCUUUCAUCAAGGUUACACUGACAACAAAAGAAUACUGUAAGUCUAGUGGAGGAAAGAUGUAAAACAUAGGUAAGGAAUUUAGGUUGUGGAUGCUUGCUGUGCUGAAAAAGAAAUGAAUGGCAUCUCCUAGCUGAGGAACUGAAAGCAAAGUAUAUUCUAGGGAGCCUCAUGAUGAUUUAAUUUAUCUUUUUAAGUGUCAGAUACACCAAACAAAAAAGGCUGUUCACUGGAUUUUUUUUUUUUAAU